AUGAAUAAGAGAAGUACUAGAACUAAUGUCACUAACAAUGAUCAUGUUGAACAGGAGGCAAAUAAUGAGGAUUUCAAUUAUGAAAUUUUGAAUAAUAAUUCUAGUAAUAUAUUAGAUAAAGACAAUGUGUUGAGUGAGGCAGAUUUGCUAAGCAAAAAUAAUUUAAUGAGUGAAAGUGAUUUGUCGAGCGAAGAUAAUAUAUUGAAUAAAGAAAAUUUUAACAGAGAAAUUGUUGAUGAGCCUUUAAGUAGUGAAGAAAUGCUAUCUAUUACUAGAGAAUUUGUGUCAUACUUAAGUAACAUUGCAGAAGUAUUAAUUAGUUCUUUUAACGAAUUUAUUGGUCCUUUUGUUUUGAAAAUAAAACUUUUAGAAAAGGAAAAAGUAAUAGACAUACAAGGCAAUAAAAGCCUUGUAUUUGCAAGCCUUGGAAAUAUAACUUCUAAUUUGCCACAGGGCGGGCAAUAA